UACAGCAACAGUGCGUUUUCACAUAGGUUCAGUUACUGACAGGAGAGUAGUAGGACCAGUUAAACAGCCAACAUGUCAGUGAAACUGGAAGGCAACAUUUUAGUGACUGGGGCCAACAGAGGCAUUGGUCUGGAGCUGGUCAAACAGCUGGCAGAGAAGACAGCAGGAGAGGCUCACAUUUAUGCCUGCUGCAGAGAGCCUGAAGGAACCAGCGCUGAGACCCAGAGCUUGAUACGAGGCAGCCGAACAUCUCAGGAACUGGAAAAAAAAAAAAGUACCCUCAACAAGGUUAAUAUCCAAGAUAAAGGCAAGAUCUUUAAUGGGCAAGAUGUGGCAGAUGAGGACAGUGUGUCAGCUGCAGUCCAGGCUGUCAGCAAGAAGAUCGCAGCCGGUGGGUUGAACCUUCUCAUCAACAAUGCUGCUGUCAACAAACCAGCCUCACCAGCACCGCUAUCUGCCACCAGUAAAAAGGACAUGAUGGAGGUGUAUGAAACCAACGUGGCCGGACCAUUUGUCCUUGCAAAGAUGUUGCUGCCACUCCUGCAAAGAGCAGCAGAGAGAGACUCACCUGCAAAGGACAAUGGUAAUAAAAUGUCCUGCAGGAGGUCAGCCAUCAUAAACGUCUCGACCAUGUUCUCAUCCAUAGAGAAAUGCCCAGAGAACUUCCCAAUAGCACAGAUGUACCCUUACAGGACCAGCAAGGCAGCACUGAACAUGCUGACUCGCUGUCAAGCUGAGGACUUCAAGAUCCACAACAUACUGGUGGCAGGCAUCCACCCAGGCUGGGUUCGCACUGAGAUGGGAGGAGCAGAUGCUCCUCUGCCCUCCCAGGACAGUGCACUUUCCGUGCUCAGUGUGAUCUCAUCACUGAGCAACAAAGAUAGUGGGAGGCUUCUCGACUGGGGGGGCAACAUGAUCCCCUGGUAGUGGUCACCAUGACGACCACAUCCGGCCCAGAGAAAGAUGAUUUUUCAGAAACAAAAAAAGCAUAUGAUAGCAUAAAAGUAACAAAAACACUGAGGAGUUCUUCAGUCAGUUUUACCUCUCUUUUACAUGCGCUGCUGCUUGUCUGAAUUCAAAUAUAGCCCCAUGCUCAGUCAGCAGUCCAGACAUCAGCAAAGUUUCAUACAAGAGGGAUCCAUUUUCUGCAGUAGAAACUGUGUGUUCUUAUCAUCUGAAAUUGUUUGCUUAUAACUACUUCCUAAAGGCUGCUUUUAAAAAUAAUAAACUACAAUGACAAAACCUCA